AUGUUUUUGGCUGGUUUAAGAAGACAGGGUGGCAACAGCUAUAGACUACUUCUAGCCUCUAGUAGAUCAUUAUCCUCCAAGCCGCCUCCUUCCGCGGUUCCACCUGUAAACGGAGAAGAGGCACCGGCUACGAAGGCCAAAGUGGCCUCAACUAAAUCCAAACCAACUACAGUGACCGCAGCAGGCAAGCCUGAAGCUGAGUCCAAGGACGCUGAGGCAAGCCCGGCUGCUUCUCCACGGAAGAGACUCAGUAAGAAGAAGGUGCAACAACAACAGCAACCUAUAACAGUGUCAUCCAAGUAUAUUUCGUUUGAUGAUUUCCCGCAGUUACCCAAAGAGAUCCGCAAUGCAUCAGACGGCUUGCUUAACCAAGUGAGGUUAAACAGAAAGUUCUAUCCAUCAGGAAACGACCCUGAAGUUGAAAGCUCUGGUACCAGCUCCAUCCCCAUCCCCGUUUCUGUCCUGCAGUCCCCAAAGUUGGAAACCCAAAACAUCCCAUAUCACGACUUUUCCAUUCCUUCACAGCAUUUAAGGGGCUACCACCCCCAAGUCAUGGAAGCAGACAGGCUUUUGAAUGAACUCAAUGACUUUUCGGCGGUGUUUGAGUUUUCAGAAUUGAACCAACCUCCUCAUGCCGAGCACCCAUUAAAGAGAUCGUGGUCUAAAAUGAUUCCAAUAAACCCAGGGUUGCACUCUAUUUCAAAUGAAUAUCUAUGGGAAUUAGCACCUCUGGGGAAAAUCUUCCAAUCGCCUCCAUUUGAUUCACAUACAUACACCAUAGAUGGAUUUAAAGAUUGGGAAGAGAAAAUGAAGUACAAGGCUAAAGUGGAAUUUGAGGAAGACUUCAAAGAGCAAGCAGAAACCAACCAGGCAAUCAAGGAAUUUAAUAAGAAUAAGUCCUUCAUAACUUCUACAACUGGUGGUGGCAGGAAGAAAUUGAAUAGAAAAUUGGUCAAGACUUUUAAAAAGUUGAAGAACGAGGGGAAAUUAGGCAAAAAGGAUGAAAACGACGAUUAG